CUUGCAUAAACAAACAAGAUCGGUCUUUUUGUCAUCUGCUUCAGCCAACAUUUACACAAAUGUUGGGAAUGAUAUUAUCUCCUAAACCAAAGCUCUCGUUUUCAUUGAGAUGAUAAAAGAAGACUUAAGUGCCACCAUAUAUAAGAUUUAAAACAGUUUCACGAAAAUGGGUGAAUAUGAUAGAGUGAAAGAUCUACAUUCAUGGAGAUCUGGGUGGAAGAUUCAAGUCAAGGUGUUAAGGAAGUGGAGAAAAGUUACUGAGGACGAUGCCACAAUUGAAUUAAUUUUGUGUGAUGCAUUUGUUGACAAGAUUGAAACAACAAUUACCGAAGAUUUGUUUGAGAUAUUUGAUCAUGAAAUAGAAGAAAAUGAUUGGAAAAUACUUUCAACUUUUUCUGUCUGUUACAAUGACAGACGGCUUAAGCACACUGAUUGUGAUUAUAGGAUUAGGUUCAUCAAUGAAACCACUGUUGAGAACUCAGCAGUGAUUUCCAAUAAUCACUUUUAUGAUUUUCAAAGUUUUGAUAGAGUUUUCGAAGAAUAUCAUGCUGUGAGAAAUCUACCAUUAGACAUAAUGGGUGAAGUCGUGAAUGUGGAACCCUUCUUAAAUGUACAUGAUCCAAAUGCUGAGAUGCCACAUGAGAUGAUAAGGAUUUUACGGUUUUUGAGUGGAGUUGACAUACCAUGUUUGGCAUAUAAUGACUUGGCCGAUUAUUUUUAUAACAAUUGGUGGAGCACAGGAUGUCAUCAUGUUGUUGCAGUUUUGCAAUUUUGGCAUGUGAAAUACCAAAGUGGAGGUAAUAUAAUAAAACUUUAUGAUUUAAGUGGACGUUUAUUUGAUAGUAAAUAA